GACAAGGUAUCUGCAUCCAGAACAUAGUUCACCUUCCGCAAUCCCCACAAUGUCGAAUCAAACGCCCAAUGCGUCAGUGAGCUCGACUUCUAGCCCUCCUGUUUUCACGCCGUCAUCCACAACAUUUACUUUCGGAGAGCAGCGUGCAUCCAGCCCAUCCUUCACUUUCGAAGGUCAGACUGUGUCCAAUCGAGCGACUCCUGCCCCGGGUAUUACGACGUCAGGAACAUCUCGCUCUACACCGUCAUCAACGCCGUUCACGUUGAGCGAAGAACGUGCAUCCACACCAUCUUUUAUAUCUAGCGGCCAGCCUAGAUCCAAUCAAGUGACCCCGGCCCCGAGUAGUACGACAUCAGGAACACCCCGCUUCACACCAUCACCGACACCAUUUAUGUUCGGCGAAGAGCGUGCAUCGACGCCAACUUUCACGUUCCGUGAUGACCAUGAUCCAGACAGGCCUUUACCAUCGGUGGAGAGAUAUGUCUCAUCGGCAAGCAGUAGCCAAAGUACUCCGAGCACAACCUUGUAUACACCAUCGACUUCAACGCACGCGGGUUCAACUCGACAGGCCCCGGAUCAGGAUGCCGUUCUACAACAAAUUGGUGACCUUCAUAACUUGAGACUCACGUCGCCUCAAACACCAGGAAGCUCCUCCUCUCAGCAAGGUACGCCUACGCCUUCAAUCCAUGUCACUCUGCCAGCGCCUCUGAAUGAAUCGAGCCAACCUCGAGCCAGAAGGACUGACAGCCUUGUCGGUGGCAUCACGGCUCUGCACAUAGAAUCUCUUCAAGCAGAUUCUCCAGGCACCUCGGGGCUGCGCGAGAGCCGCUCACCGUCUCCAUCACGCCGUCGCCGCUCCGGAUCCGGGAUCAAUAGGAAUAGCCAUCAAAUCGAAAAUGAAGACCCGCCACAGACCUUAUUCUACAUGCCAGAAGUUCAAGAGGCCCUUGCCAAUGCAAGAACCUUGACGUCAAGAAUGGCCAGCGUUCUUUCCAGUUCGAAUUUGCACCGAGAAAAUGGAUCAAGUAUUGAAAGCCUUCAUCGACAAGCCACAAAACUAAAUGGUUUUCAGCUACCAUCGUCGCGGAUUGUUGGCCUUGUUGGUGAUUCAGGUGUAGGAAAGAGUAGUCUGAUUAAUUCCUUACUUGACAAGAUGGAAUUGGCCAGAGCGAGCAGUAGCGGCACUGCUUGUACAUGUGCCGUUACGGAAUAUCUCUUCCAUGAUAGAGAUGAUUUUAUCAUUCACGUCGACUACUUCCCAUUGGAUGAGCUGAAGAAACAAUUCGAGGAACUGCUAAGAGCUUAUCGGGAUUAUCAAUCGCUCCCGAGAAAUUCAAGUGGUGGAAACGAGGACGACGAAAACGACAAUGAUAGAAGGUUACAAAACAAAGCGGAUCUUGCUAGGGAAACAUUUAGAGCGAGCUUUAGGGACAGGCUCGAACAAAUGCCGACUGUUCUUUCUUCUAUGCCCUUCGAAAAUGCUGUGGGGAUGAUGGUCGAGUGGGCAUCACAGCUGCUUCCUCAGCAAGGGGGCCAGGAAUCAUUCAGUACAGUCGAAGGGUGCUCUGCACGGUUGAGAGAACUGACAUCGGAGUCAGAUGACUCCUUGUCCAAUGCAGAGUCUCGAACGUGCUGGCCGUUCAUCCAGAAACUGCGGGUGUACUUGAGAGCCUAUAUUCUGAGUAAAGGACUCAUCAUCGCGGACCUUCCAGGACUCCGCGAUCUCAACUCCGCUCGCAAGGCUAUUACCGAGCGUUAUGUCCGACAAUGCCACCAGAUAUUCGUCGUCGCUAAAAUUGAUCGAGCCAUCACGGAUGAAAGCAUUAAAGAGAUUUUCGAACUAGCCAGUCGUGCUAACCUGUCCAAGAUCGACGUCAUUUGCACAAGGUCGGAAGAAAUCCAAAUGAGGGAGGCAAGGCAUGACUGGUUAUCAGAAAGAGCAAUGAUAGAGGAUAUGCAAAGGGAGAUCGACGCUGACAUAGACGAUAUCAACUCUCUCAAGGAAGAAAUUGAGGAAUAUGAGCAAGACCUCACAAACCUUACUCGGGAAGAAGAGCAGCAACUCAUGCGAUUGCAGCAGGAUUGUCGCAAGGCUGAGAAAUCCAGGGAAAAACACGAAUUUGAAUUACUUCGCCAUAUCGUCAAAUUGCGAAACGACAAAGUUUCCGACCGCUUACGGGAGGAAUAUCGGAACCACCCAAUUGCCAAAACGCUGAAGACAUUCUGCGUCAGCAACAAAAUCUACUGGGAGAAUCGCGAGAAGCCUGCUACGGCCGCUCUGCCUUUUCUUAGGUUGAGCGGUAUCCUAGAGCUACGACGCCAUUGCAUCGGAAUCGUUGCGGAGAGCCGACUUCGUGCAACCAAAGGAUUCAUUAAGGACGAGAUACCAGCUUUCCUUGGUUCUGUUGAGCUGUGGGUCGAGGCGGGAUCCGGAAAUGCAAGCGCGGAGAGGAAAGAAGAGAUCCUUGAUACUGUGUCCGCUAUACAGCGAGAAUUAGAUGAGUUAACGUCUCCAGUCUCUCAACUCAAUGUCCUAUCGCGCACUUUAGGCGAAGAAUUCAACAGCCAAAUCCACCUGCGCAUGAGACGAAGUGGUCCGCAAUGGACGGCCGACGCCAGACAAGCAAGUUUGGAUUGGCAAGGUUGGCAUCAUUCGUCGUACAGAGCCUUCUGCUCCCACUAUGGGGAACAUGCAACAACGAAGGUUGAGUAUCGUUGCUGGAAUGAAGAAGCGAUGGAAGGUAUGAAGGGUGAUAUGUCUGCUGUCUGGGACGGUUUCGCGGUCGACUUGGAGGCUCAUCUCGAGAGGAUCAAUGGUGCAGUUGUUCAAACUUUUGGAAACGCCCUUGGUGUUGCAUUGUCUGCAGGUACAAAUAGACCUGGUGCAGCAAACAACGCCUGGUCCGCGCUGCGAACCCUUGCUAAUACACUUGGCCAUCGAAAAGACCUCACACUCUAUGGCAUCGAGAAAGCGAGUGAGAGCUUCCAUUCAGAGCUUUUAUCCCUCCACACUGAUGCCUUCUCGUCCAUCCGAACGGCUUUCAUAGGCAAGCUCAUGGAAAACACAUAUCACGCAGCGAACAUGGAAUAUGGUUCCGGCAGCGACCGACGCCGCAAGAACCUCAUCACAGGCAAAUUCGGCUCCCCGUCGCUCUUCAACGACCAUCGGCAUGACUGCAAAAAAAGGUUUAGGCGUAUUGCGAGUGGGCUGCAGGAAAAGGUGGACGAGGUUGUAAACCAGCAGGUUGGGCUGGUUGAAGCCGAUUUGCAGAUGCUGAGGGAUGAGAAUGUGGUGCUAGAGAGCGAGAGGGAUCCGGAGUUUAGGAGGAGGGUGGAGGUUGAAGUGGAGAGGGUUAAGGGGGAGGUAGACAGGAUUGGGCGCAUGGUUGAAGAUGUUUCAUGA